AUGCGUCGUUCGGUUCUCAUUUUAUCAACAUGUGCUCUUUUGGCUCUUGGACAAGAUUGGGGAGGCGGUGGUUAUGGAGGUGGUGACGGUGGAUACGGAGGUGGCGGUGAUAUGGGAGGAGGCUACGGAGGUGGCGGAGAUAUGGGAGGAGGUUACGGUGGAGGUGACGGAGGAUACGGAGGCGGCGGCGAUAUGGGAGGUGGCUACGGAGGAUAUGGUGGAAAUGGAGGUGGAGAUAUGGGAGGUGGUUACGGAGGCAACGGUGGAUAUGGCGGAGAUAAUGGAUACAAUGGCGGCGGCUAUAACGGAGGAAUGGGUGGAAACGGCGGAAUGGGAGGAUAUGGAGGUUAUCAAGGAGGACAAGGCGGUCAACCACAAGGUGGUGGUGGAUAUGGAGCUUAUGGAGGCUCAGCUGGCGGUUGGCCACCAAUGCCAAACUAA